UUUGGAAUGACAAAUGCGUAGAUGUCGCGCCAUUUUUUCUUAACCUUUCUUAUUGGUCUUUAUCACGGUUUAAACUUCAGCUUGUCAAAUUUUCGUGCCGGUAAUCGUUGUUAAAGUGUUAUGUGGGCAAAAUAAGCGUUAACAUCCCACUUGGGUACAAUGGAGACGCAACCCAACUGCCUCUUCAUCACUUACGUGGAGAAAGAGGGCCCGUUUCUGAAAGUGUGGGGCCAAACGGACAAAAACACCUCGCUGUACAUUGAGCAAGUGUUGCAUAGUUUCACGCCGCAAUUCGAUAACGGUUUAUGCAUUCCUCGUCCCGACGCGCUCCAAAUCGGCAUCUUGUGCUGUGCGAAAUACAAAGACAGCAAGUACUACCGCGCACGAAUCACCAGCUUGAAUUACUUGCAUAAUCGCUACAUCGAGGUCAAUUUCGUCGAUUACGGCCACCAGGACGUGGUGCCCGUGUCAAACAUCCGCUCCUUGGAGGGGUUCGACACCGCGUUCGUCUCCCUGCAGCCCCAGGCGAGCAGUUUCCUGCUCGCUGAGGCCGUGUGCCCCCGGGGGGAGUGGAACGAGGCGUAUCUCGAGGAGAUUUGCAAGGAGAUUCGCUACACUGAAGUUAACUUUAGCAUUGUUGCCCAAGUCACUAAACACUAUCUUGUCAGGCUUUUUGUGGGCGUUAAUGAUUUGGCGAUUGUUUUGAUUUCGAAGGGGCUCAUGAGAAACACUUCGCUCACGACGCAGGAGGCCGUGCUUUUGUCCAUGAUGCCGAGGGCGCCGCUCCAGCCGCCCCCGAUUCAGCAGCAGAGUAUUGCCACCUACAAGGCGUUCACGCUUGAACCAGGAAGCCAAUAUGAAGUUUAUGUGUCGUAUGUCACUGAUGGACCGUGCAAUUUUUCCGUUCAGUUGAAGCAAUCUGAAGAGGUGUUGGGGAAGUUGAUGAAGGAGAUUAAUUCGAUGACGCUGACGCCCAUUGAAGGGAUUCCGAUUCCGGGGACUGUUUGUUUGGCGAGGUGUACGGAAGAUGGGCAUAUUUGCAGGGCGGUGGUUACCAAUGAAGUUGAUGGGCAAUUCAAGGUGUUCUAUGUGGAUUUCGGCAACUUCGAAGUCAUCCCUUUAGAAUCACUUUACGAAAUCCCCUUCAAAUUCGUAAUUCCUAAAGUUAUGGCCAUCCGUUUCGCCCUUGCAGGCGUCGAAAAAUCCACCGUCACGCUCGAAAUGCAAUGCGCCUUCAAACAAUUCGUCGACAAUCGUCUCAUCCACAUGAAAGUUAUGCCGAUGACGACGCGAACAUCACUCCCUCGAUGCGAACUCUGGGACCCCGAAUCGGGAAUCAGCGCUCUGGACAUUGUCACAAAAGCCGCUUUGUCCAACUAUCCAGACCACAUCACACUCCAUCGCGGUUUCAGUCAAACCGUCAAAAUCAGUUACGUCUUCAGUUGUAACCGAUUUUACGUCCAAUUGAAAGCGAAACAAGACGAAUUAUUACGACUCAUGUUGGAUAUUCAAGUUUUGUGUAAUGAGGCUGAAACUUUGAACAGUAACACAAUUAAAGUUGGAUUGCCUUGCUAUGCAUUAUAUGAGGGAGAUCAACAAUGGUACCGAAGUCAAAUUGUUGAAGUGCUGGGCGCAGGACAGGUUAAAGUCCAUUAUGUUGACUAUGGGAAUGAGGAAGUUGUUUCGAUGAAUUUGCUCAAACCGAUCGAAGGGAAACAAUUGACGAAAAUGAGGCCUCAAGCCAUUGAAUGUUGUCUCAACGGUUACCAGAAUAUGGAACCAGAUCUCGAACGUGAUAAUCUACUCGAAGAACUUAUUUUGGAACAUGAAUUUACGAUGAAAGUUGUCGAAAUGCAAGGCAAGAAAGCAUUGGUCGAAUUGAUCGAUUCGGCGAAUUAUAAUGUGGCGUCGUUAUUGUUGGAUAAAAUCGCAGUUACACGGUCUCAAGUCAGUCCGAUGUUGGUGCAAGCCGGUAAUAAAAUCGAACAUAGGAAAUAUUCGCAGCCUUUUAAUUCGAGAGAAUCAUCGCAAAGGACCGAACAACGUAAACCGGGCGGGCAUAGACAGUGGGGUGAUUCUCUAAAUGGCAAUCCUGCAUGGAGGCAGGAUGCUAGAGGACCUCGAAGUCGAAACAGCUUCGACUCCGAACCCGACGAAAACAAUACUUGGAGGCAAAACAAUAAAGGUUUCAAUAAAAAUUACGAUCGAAAUAAACGAGACGAAUUAAACGAUUCCACCGAUAGCGAAAGACAUAGCACUAAAGGUUUUAAUCGAAAUGAUAGAAAUAGAAACGAAUCACGAAACACUGAGGGCUCUUGGAAACAAAACAGUGGUUUCAAUAAAAGUCAGGAUAGGUUUAACAAGGAUCGGAAUAAUCGAAAUAAUGAUUGGGGUGGUAGUGGAGAUGAGCGUAAAAAUUUCAGAGAGAAAGACAGUUGGGGUGGGGAUAGAAAUAAUGACCGGCAAAAUAAUUCCAAAGAAAGUUGGGGUGGUAAUGACCAACAGAAUAGUAAUUCUCCUAAUGAUGGUUGGGGUAGUAGCAAGGAAAAUUAUCGACAGAAUUAUAAUUCGAGGGGUAAUAAAGGCGAUUGGGAUAACAAUCGCGAAAAUGACAAGCGGAAUUUUAAUUCGCGGGAAAACAACGAUUGGGGUGAUCGCAAAGGUUUCCAACCAAGAGAUAGAGACAAUUUCAAACCGAGAAAAAGAUUUGAAGACGGAAACAAUGACUGGAAUAAUGGAGAUAAAGAUAGUUCUCAACCGUGGAAAAAAUCUGAAGACGGCGGCGGUGAUUGGAAUGCAGAUUCGACACAUAGGUCUGGUGGUGGUUUUAAAAAGAGGGAAUUCAAGCGAGAGGCAAGCGAACUCAGUUCGAGCGGUUCCGAGAAAAGUUUCCGAAAAGGGGGCAAUUUUCGGAACAAUAAACCCGAUUUUAGGAAACCAAACAGGUCACCUAGAGGUAAUUUUGGUGGUGAUUCAGGUGAUGGAUGGAACACUGGAGCUAGUACCGCUACUGAGGUACUUAAUGCUGCUCCAAGUACAGCCAAAUUUACAAUCUUAAAUGUCGACAAUACUGAGGCUAAUGUUGUAAUUAGUUGGUUCCAUAAUCCGUCACAAUUUUACUGCCAGAUUGAAAGUACUCAAGACGAGUUCAAACGAAUGAUGGAAGAAAUCCAACAAGCAUACAAAGGCCGUCAGGCGGGUACUGCAACUGUUGGUGCCCCCGUAAUUGGAUUAUUUCCCGAAGAUCGUGUCCUCUAUCGGGCCAAAGUCUUGGAGACUUUAGGCUCUCAAUAUAAAGUUUAUUAUGUCGAUUUUGGUAAUGUUUCUGUGAUAGAUAAAGUGUGGCCAAUCGAAAAGCGAUUUAUGGAACUUCCCGCUCAGGCUAUAUGUUGUAAAUUGAGGGGAAUUGACCCACCUACAGACACUUGGCCUGAAGCUAAUAACUAUGGUCAGUAUUUCGACAAGAAGCAAUUCUUUUGUAAAUUUAUUUCAACAGAAGAUACAAGAGUUGCUAUAGAGUUGAAAUAUGAUAACGAAGAUAUUGCAAGCUUGUUGUUGAAAGAUGGGUUAGCGAAAGCUUGUGUCACGCCACCAGAACCCGAAUUGCCUUUACUGAUUGGACAGCAAUUUAGAGCGUUGUUGCUCAGUGUUAAUAGUUUGGGUGAUUUCUUGAUGUCGCUGCAGAACGGUGCUGUGUUGAAAUGUAGUGUUUUUAAUCUGAGUGCAUCGACCGAAACGUGGGAGGAUAGUCUCAAGGAGAAGAUCAACCACAUUUUGAUUGUUUACGUCGACGACUUGAAAGAGGAUAGACUCGAAGUGACUUUAUACGAUGAAAACGGUGCGAAAAUCAAGCUUAUUAACAACGACGAGGGCGCCUACGAAUCGGUCGAACUCCUUUGUCCUUACUUAAUCCUUAGUUCGCAAAUUUCCGGUGAAAUUGCACACAUUGAACAAACCACAGUUUAUCUUCAACCGGCCGAUUGUGCCGAAAAUAUCCAAUACUUCCUAAACUCAGCAUUCGAAUAUUAUGAAAGUUUCACCCCCGAAGAACCCCUAACACCUACCGAAGGUUUCGUUUAUGCCGUUAAGAGCCCAGACACUAAUUGGUAUCGAGGCCGUGUCGUAAGCCUCGACGAUAAUAAACAAGUCACAGUGAAUUACAUAGAUUAUGGCAAUUCGGAACAAGUUAAUUUCGAUGCUUUGCGAGAACUUACCGCCGAAUUUAUGACAAUUCCCAUUUUGUGUGUUCCUAUAGCGAUUAAAGGUGUUACGGAAGAAUUAAUCGGUGAAUUUGUUUCGAUUAAUUUGACGUUUACCGAAACGGGGCUAGAAGGCACCUUACAGGAAAAGGAAGUGACUGUAGUACCGACUGAAGGCAAACAAAUUGAACAAAUUGCGACUGACGUAACCGAAAAACCGAAUCUCGAAGAAGUGGCUCAAACUACUUGCGGUACUCAGGUCGUACUAAGUCACACUGAUAGUCCGAGUGAUUUUUAUUUACAAUUAGCCGAAUCGAUUGAAGGUAUCGAAGAAUUGCAAGCGAGGCUUCAGGAACUAGCUCCGGAAAUGACCGAUAUUGAAAAUCCAGUUAUUGGAGUACUUUGUGCUGCACCCUAUUCUGUGGAUCAACAGUGGUACCGAGCACAAGUCUUAGACGCUGAUAGCGACAUAACUACGGUACGUUUUGUCGAUUAUGGCAAUACAGACGUUCUGGAUAACCACACAACUCGCGUUAAAACCCUUCCAACUGAUUUACUUUCUUUGGAAGUUCAUGCGACCAGAUGUCGCCUCAAAAUCAAACCAAUCGACGAAGAAUGGACAAGUGUUGCUUCGGAACGCUUCGAACAAUUGGCCAGUGUUGAGAAUCUCACCGCACAAUUUAUCAGUCAAGACGAGAAAACCAACUAUGUGGAAUUGUACUCAGACGGUACCAACGUUCGCGAGAUUUUAAUCGCGGAGAAUUUGGCGCUUCCUGACGAAGUCGUACCGGAAGCAAGCAGUACUGUUGGUUUUGUUAGCCACUUAAAUUCGCCCUCCGAGUUUUGGAUCCAGUUCGAAAACUGUGUCGAAGGCCUGGAAUGGGUUGCGGAACAGUUAUCCGGAGCGGAAAAUUUCCCCGAACUUGAAGAUUUGGCUCCGGGGGUUUUAUGCGCGGCGUUGUUUCCCGAUGAUCAAAUGUGGUACCGUGCCCGGAUUUUGUCGAAUACUGUCGCUGGGAUUGAAGUACUGUUUGUCGAUUAUGGCAAUUCUUGUACGAGUUGUAGUCUGAGAGAUCUUCCCGAAGAUUUGGUUAUGUUGCCACCACUGGCGCAAAAAUGUAGUCUACAAAAACCGGAAGGUUUGACGGUUUGGGGGCCGGAAAUGGUCCGGAAGUUUGUCGAGAUUGCGGCAGAUGGUCAAACUACUUUCCAUGUGAAUAAGUUGAGUACUGGCGAGACGGCGUCCGUUGUUUUGUUGCUUGAUGGGGUUGAUGUCACUACGUUGAUUGUGCCCCAGACUGAGGAAGUGAGUGUUAAGAGUUUUGAAGGGUUGGAUGAGAUUGUGUUGGUUAAAAAAGGGGGUGAGGAGAUGCAAACGAAGUUUAAGUUGGAGCCGCUUCCCGAUGGUGUCUGGAGUGAGGACUCGGUAAAGAAGUUUGCAGAGAUGAAUAAUAACGGAACCACCGUCUUCCAGGCCGAAUUCGUUUCAGACGAUAUGAUUCGAUUGUACCUCGGUUUGAAUGACAUUCGACUCGAAUUGAACGGAAUUAAAACCACAACACCGACAUCUAGUCCGCUGAAAACACGAACAACUGACACACAUUCCACACAUGAAACGAGUACCAGCAGUACUGAAGCCAAUCUUGACGGUAAUGAAGGGUUUGUUAAGGGUUUGGUUGCGGAAAUCAUUGAAAAUAGUACUAAUCUUCAUGAGUGUGUUGAAGAGGAUGUUUGUGAUGAAGAGUGCAUAGACAUUAUUAAAUCAUUACUAACUGACAUUAUCGAAGAGAGUACUAACCUAAUCGAGACUACACAAAGUACUAAUCAUGAAUUAAAUGUUGAACUAAUAGAAAAUGCGGUUCAGAGUGAAGAAAAAGAAUUUGAAUCUAAGUCUUCAGAAAAAGUUCCAGUUGCUGAAACUGUGACUAUGGAAGAUGAAAAAAAGGAAACUGAAGCUGUGACCCCGGAAGAAGUUCCAACUGUUAUCGAGAAAAAAGAAGCUGAAACUGUGACUUCAGAAGAAGUUUCAACUGUUAGUGAGAAAAAGGAAGCUGAAAAACCAGCUGAAGACAUCAAAACGACAGAAGCUGUAGUAGCUUCAGAUAAUUCCGAAAACCAAGACAAGCCUGAGGUAAAAGAAAAUGACCAAUAAUUUGUUGUUUUCUGUAGCCCUCCACAGUAAUAAAGCCUGAAACUCUGUAUAUAAACUAUUACUAUUAGAAUUCGAUUUUAGUAUUUUUAUAUUCAUUCAUUUUUAAUGCUGAUUUUUCAGUUUUGUUGUUUCAAGUCGAAAAUUGUUAUUGUUUUUUUAAUAUUAAAAAUGUAUUAAACCAGUAAUUAGCUUGUACCGUUCAGUUUGUUGAUUCAGAAAAUGUUUUCUUUAAAUGUAUUUAAUUCUUUAAUAAAAUUAUCGUUUAAU